AUGGCAAAGGAUAAGAAGAAAGAUGGCAAGAAGGCAGAAAAAUCUGUACGUCCUCCUAUUCCUGUACAAGAUGCUACAGCUGAGAGUAGUUCAACAAAGCCGACAGAUUUGGAGACCUCAGUGAAUGGAGUGGAAGAAACACAGGCAAAUCCACCGGUGAUAGCGGAUAAAGAACCAGAGGAGGUAGAGGAACCUCCAGCCCAAGAUGUUCCGCAGUACUACGAGGUGCCUGUUCUUACUCAGGUUAUUGUGAAAAGCUAUGAAGGUGAAAAAGUCCAUGGAUUGUAUGAGGGUGAAGGAUUUGCAUAUUUUGAGGGGGGAAAUACAUAUAAGGGCAUGUUUUCUGGAGGGCUUAUGCACGGACAGGGGACUUACACGUGGGCUGAUGGAGUGAAGUAUGAGGGAACAUUUGUUAGGAAUGUGCAGAUGUUUAGUGGCCGUUAUACGUGGAAUGAUGGCAGCAUUUAUGAAGGAUCAAUCAAGAAUGGAGUUAGGCAUGGAUUUGGAUUUUUCAGGAGUGGUACUUGUCCUGUUUCUUACGUUGGCUAUUGGUGUAAAGGCAAAAGACACGGUAAGGGUACUGUUUAUUAUGAUCAGGAACGUACCUCUUGGUAUUCAGGUGACUGGGUAAAUAACAUCAAAGAAGGAUGGGGAAUGAGAUGCUACAAGUCUGGAAAUAUCUAUGAAGGUCAGUGGGAGAAAAAUGUACGUCAUGGAAAAGGAAGAAUGAGAUGGUUGACAGCUAAUCAAGAGUAUAUGGGACAGUGGGUGUAUGGCAUACAGCAUGGAUAUGGCACCCACAUAUGGUUUUUGAAGAGAAUGCCUGUGUCUCAGUAUCCUUUAAGGAAUGAAUACAUAGGUGAUUUUGUAAAUGGGGAACGUCAGGGACAUGGGAAGUUCAUAUAUGCCAGUGGAGCAGUGUACGAUGGUGAAUGGGCUUGUAAUAAGAAGCAUGGCAAGGGCAAGUUUGUUUUCAGGAAUGGUCAUGUUUAUGAAGGAGAGUUUAUAGAUGAUCAUAUAGUAGAAUAUCCUGCUUUUCAAGUAGGUGCAAUGAAUGCAGAAGAGCUGAAUGCCAUUUGCACAGGAAGUCAUCUUGGCACUGAAAACAUCACAAUUAUUAAUUGCUCAGAAAAUACUUCUGUUCUGGGAUCAGAUAUUGAGUUGGAUAUAUCUUCACUGCUUGACUUGUUGCCAAGGGAAGAGAGACAUGAAGAAGUGAAACAAGUAGAAUUUGCUGUGUUGAGGCAUAUUACAGAACUGAGAAGAGUUUACACCUUCUACAGCAGCUUAGGUUGCGAUCAUUCUCUUGACAACACCUUCCUCAUGACUAAGCUCCAAUUCUGGAGACUUCUGAAGGACUGCCAUUUUCAUCACUCCAACAUAACUCUUGCUGAAAUGGAUCGGAUAUUGAGCGGUGAUAAAACACCUCUUGAGGAGAUACAUUGUCCACAUGAGACUUUACUGUUCAGAACAUUUUUAUCUUACCUUAUUCGUCUAGCAUUUCAUGUUUAUCAUGAACAGCACAAGGAGAAAGGUCCUUAUCUGCAUAAGUGUUUCUUAGAAAUGAUGUCCAGGAAUGUUAUUCCCGCUGCCUGUCGUAUCCAAGGUAUCUUAUUUUCUGAAGAACGACGUACAAUUUUUGCCAUGAGCUACAUCAACAAAUGCUGGGAAACAUAUAGAGCUUUUUGUAGACCGAGUACCAGACCUCCAUUUGAACCCACAAUGAAAAUGAGGAACUUCCUUUGGAUGUUGAAUGAUUUCAAACUUCUCAGCAAACAAUUAACUGCUUCAAGACUUGUGGAAAUACUUGUCAAAGAUGGUCCCUCUCUACAUGACAGCAGCAAUGCCAACCUGGAGCAGGAGUCACUGAGACCUUGUGAAGACAGAGAGCAUCUUCCUCAAGAAUUUCUACUGGAUACUGCUCUCUCAUUUCACACAACUCAUGGAGAUAUCAAAGAUGUUCCAUCAUUGUUCAGCUGGGAUGCAGAAAAAGAACAAGAUUUCUGUCCAGCAAAGGAUUUGACAGAUGAACCAAAAGAAGCCAAAACUGAACAAGAGGAGGAAUUUAGUUUGUGGAUGUGUCAGGUGCAAAUCUUUUUUACAACUAAGUUCUUUCCUGCCUACCAGCAUGAAAAAGUGCUGAGGGAAAAAAUACAAGAAAAUAGACUACGAGAUGCUGAAUUAGCUGAGCUGAGAAAGAUCAAGGAUGAGGAGCUGGCAAAACUUAUUGCUGAAAGAGAAGAAGAGACAAAAAGGCAAGAAGCAGCUGCAGCAGAAAAAACAUCUGACUCCAAGAGUGCAGAUUUUAAGGAGCUAGAGGAGCUGGUCACACAGUUAGUACCCCCUCUGAAGGAAGAGACACCCAUUGUAGCACCCCCAGUUGUUACCAAGGUGCCUGCUGGCAAAAAGAGAAAGAAGAAAUAA